AAAUUUGGAUUGUUUGAAAAGCAGGGAGAUAUUUCACCAUAGUACAAAAAAAGAUACAGAAGAAGAGAGCAGAAUGAGAGCUUCCCAAGUACCACAUGCCUGCAGCCUGUUAUCUUUAGUGAUGCUGUUCCUUCCAGUCACUGGAACGUCAAAACAAAAUAUCCCAAGGCUUAAGCUUUCCUAUAAAGACUUGCUGCUUUCAAACAGCUGCAUCCCAUUUCUGGGCUCAACGGAGGGGCUUGAUUUUCGAACCCUGCUGCUAGAUGAGGAGAGGGGCCGGCUGCUAAUCGGAGCUAAAGACCACAUCUUCCUGCUCAACUUGGUUGAUUUAAACAAAAAUGUAAAAAAGAUUUACUGGCCUGCAGCAAAAGAAAAGGUAGAAUUAUGCAAAUUAGCUGGGAAAGAUGCCCAUACAGAAUGUGCCAAUUUUAUCAGGGUUCUUCAGCCCUACAACCGAACCCAUGUUUAUGUCUGUGGCACAGGAGCGUUUCACCCUCUCUGUGGAUACAUUGAACUUGGAACUCACAAAGAGGAAACGGUAUUCCGGUUGGAUACUCAGAACUUGGAGUCUGGCAGGCUGAAAUGCCCUUUCGAUCCUCAGCAGCCAUUUGCUUCGGUGAUGGCAGAUGAGUAUCUUUAUGCUGGAACAGCUUCUGAUUUCCUUGGCAAAGACACUGCUCUAACACGUUCUCUGGGCCCUUCUCACGACCACCAUUACAUCAGAACUGACAUUUCUGAACAUUACUGGCUUACUGGAGCAAAGUUCAUUGGAACUUUUCCCAUCCCGGACACCUAUAACCCAGAUGAUGACAAAAUCUACUUCUUUUUCCGAGAAAUAUCACAAGAUAGUGGCACAUCUGACAAGACAAUCCUUUCCCGAGUUGGGAGAGUUUGUAAGAAUGAUAUGGGAGGUCAAAGGAGCCUAAUAAACAAGUGGACUACUUUUCUGAAAGCCAGGCUUGUGUGUUCGAUACCAGGUCCUGAAGGAGCAGACACACAUUUUGAUGAGCUGCAAGAUAUAUUCUUACUUUCUACAAGAGAUGAGAGAAACCCACUUGUAUAUGGAGUCUUCACUACAACAAGCUCUGUCUUCAAGGGCUCUGCAGUUUGUGUGUACAGCAUGGCAGAUAUCAGAGCUGUUUUCAAUGGCCCUUAUGCUCACAAAGAGAGCGUGGAUCAUCGGUGGGUACAAUACGAAGGCCGCAUACCGUAUCCCAGACCUGGUACAUGUCCAAGCAAAACCUAUGAUCCGCUCAUAAAGUCUACCAGAGACUUUCCCGAUGAAGUCAUUAGCUUUAUUAAGCGUCAUCCACUGAUGUACAAAUCCGUUUACCCAGUGACGGGAGGACCCGUAUUCACUCGAAUCAACGUGGACUAUCGUCUGACUCAGAUUGUGGUGGAUCAUGUCAUGGCAGAGGACGGGCAAUAUGAUGUUAUUUUCCUAGGAACAGACAUAGGCACAGUCCUGAAAGUUGUGAGUAUCACAAAGGAGAAGUGGACUAAGGAGGAGGUGGUCCUGGAAGAGCUGCAGAUAUUCAAGCACCCUUCGUUGAUCUCGACCAUGGAGAUUUCUCAGAAGCAGCAACAAUUGUACAUUGGUUCCAGGGAUGGAUUGGUUCAGCUCUCUCUGCACAGAUGUCAUACGUAUGGGAAGGCUUGUGCAGAUUGCUGCCUUGCCAGAGACCCAUACUGUGCCUGGGAUGGAAACUCGUGUUCCAGAUAUGCCCCCACUUCUAAAAGGCGAGCCAGAAGGCAAGAUGUCAAAUAUGGAGACCCCAUUGCACAAUGCUGGGAUGUGGAAGAUAGCAUUAGUCAUGAAACUGCUGAUGAAAAGGUGAUUUUUGGCAUUGAAUUUAAUUCAACUUUUCUGGAAUGUAUUCCUAAGUCCCAGCAAGCCUCUAUUAGGUGGUAUAUUCAGCGCUCUGGAGAAGAACAUCGAGAAGAGCUGAAGGCUGACGAAAGGAUCAUCAAAACAGAGCAUGGGCUGCUGAUCCGCAGUUUGCAAAGAAAGGAUGCAGGAGCCUAUUUCUGCAAAGCCCAGGAGCACACCUUUGUCCAUACCAUUGUGAAGCUGAAUUUAAACGUCAUUGAGAACGGGCAAAUGGAAAGCACUCAGAAAACUGAGGAUGAGGAGGGCCGGGUGAGGGAUCUGCUGACGGAGUCCCGGCUGAGGUACAAGGACUACAUCCAGCUCGUCAGCAGCCCCAGCUUUAGCCUGGAUGAGUACUGUGAACAGAUGUGGCACCGGGAGAAACGGCGGCAGCGGAACAAAGGUGGUGCCAAAUGGAAGCAUGUGCAGGAGAUGAAAAAAAAGCGAAACCGAAGACACCAUGAGCCAGCGAGGCCACCGUCUACAUAGUUUGUAAAUGCUAUUUAAAGAAAGGACAUUUUCCAUGAAAAAAAAUACUGUGUUUUGGUUUUGUGCAUCUUGCCUAUAAAUUAGUACUGCUUCUUAUUGAAAUGAGAUAACUCACCAUCACUAUUAAUCUGUAUGAGACUGUACAAUGGGAUUUAAUACCAAAUGAGAAGUUCCUUAUUGGAGUACCAUACACCAGGCAAUAAUUUCAAAUGCAUUUGUUAAAAAGAAAAGAUGUACACUUUUAGCUAAUUUCUGGGUAGCCUGAGGCUGUGUGAGCUGUGUUCUGUACUUCCUCCAUAAUUUUCACAUAAGAUUUAGUGUCCGUGUUCCCAUAUUAAUAUUUGCUGGCACAUUCCACCCCAGAGGUGGCUACAUUUCAGGGGAGGGAAGAUGUACUUCUAGUUCUUUGGCAUCUUUCUGAAUAAAAAGCAUGGUAGAAAUGUGUGACAGAUCUGCAAAAAUACCCUCUAAUUUACCCGCUGGUCUUGUAUACAGGCACACGGGUGGGGUUUGCUAGCACAGAGAGGCUCAGCAAAAAAUCAAAUUAAGUAUUGGCUUAGGAACAACAUUCAUUCUGCCCAU